UAGAGGAAUAGUCAAUCCAGAAUCAUCCUUUUAUUUCCUAGGUUUAGUUACAUCCUUUCAUUAGGAUUGGCUUGGCUCUGAUGAAAUGUUAGCACCCACACAUACACAAUAACUUCCCAAUUACAUGGAACUUUGAGAUUUUAAUGCAGAAUUUUCCUUACCACAUUGUUCUGUGAGGUGGGCAGGCUCAGACAGGUGGUGACUUGCUACAGUUAUGAGGAGCCAGGAUUCUGCUGAUUCUUUACUCCCCGGCCCCUGGCUUAUCUCCUCUGCCUAUCUAUAGAUUACACACCGUGGCAGGCACAUUUUCCAAUGCCCCUUCAUUCCUGCCCAUCUUGUGCCACCUUUUCUUUGUCCACUCAUUAAUUUGGUACAAGGUGGGGGGGAGGAUGGAUACCCUAUGUACCAAAUGCUCUUUUAAGGGAGAAAAGGGUAUUGCUGGAUUUGGGGGUCAGGCAAGGUUUCUGGCAAAAAUGGCUUUGUGCUGUUGGCAUCUCCAAGGCUAUAUACCAUUGGAGCCCAAACGUUUGACAGGUCUUACCAGGCAGGGAGGGGUUUUGAGCACAGGCCUAGACAGGGGUCGGCAGUACCAAGUGCUCGGCCAAGCGUCCGCGAAGGUGGAGAGAAGGGAGUCAGCUGUGGGUCCAGUGCGGCUGCAGGAGAUCUCUCGAAGACCGAUCUUCUUUGGAAGCCGGCCUUGAAGGCCUGUCCAGCCCCAUUCAGCCAGCCCAGCCUCCUCUCUUAAGUGGGUGGGGGUUCCUGGGCCAGUGCUCUCAUACACUGCGGGCCUGAAGCUCUCCCCUCCCCGUUCACAGGAGGCUACAGGGAGAAAGGAGAUCAGGAGGCAGAGGCGAGAGUCCCACCAGGCCUAGGGGCGGGGGUAUGCGCACACAGCUGGUAGAGGCCACGGCCACGGCCACCGCCACCGCCGGGGGGGGGGGGGGGGGGGAGGAGAGAGGGAGUGGCCUUGGGCUCUCCGACCGCGCUAGAGGGAAGGGAGGGGCAGGGGCCGAGUUAGCCCGACCAGCCUCCUAGCUCAUCUAGGGGAACCCUCCUCGUGACCCUGCCCUCGUCUUCCUCCUCUUUUCUCCUCCACCCCUUUUCCUCCCUCCCGCAGGGUCCAGUCAGGUGACGUAAAGCACGUGAUGCGGCACCGCCUACCUAGCCCGCGCGGAGUGGCAGCGGCGUCAGCCAAUGAGAGGGAGUAACUCAGGCGUCGGCCCAAUGAGCGAGGUGUGGGGCGGGAAGAGUCGGGGCCGGUCCGGGCGGCGGCGGCGGCGGUGGCGGCGGUGGCAGCGGCGGGGGGGCGGCUGGCUGGCAGGCAGGCAGGCAGUGGCAGGAGGGGCGGCCUGGCCUGGCCUGGGCUGGCUUGUCCUGUCAGGGCGCGGGCGGCGGCUUCGGGACGAUGUCGCUGCAGUAUGGCGGGGCGGACGAGGCGCCGCUCUCUGGCAGCUACGGCGCGGCCGACUCGUUCCCCAAGGACUUCGGCUACGGCGUGGAGGAGGAGGAGGAGGAGGCGGCCGUGGUGGCGGCGGCAGGCGGUGGCUCAGUUGGGCCCGGCGCUGGCGGAGGCUGCGGCGUGGGCGGCGGCGACAGCUCCAAGCCGCGGAUCCUGCUCAUGGGGCUUCGGCGCAGCGGCAAAUCAUCCAUCCAGAAGGUGGUGUUUCAUAAAAUGUCACCCAAUGAGACCCUCUUUUUGGAAAGCACCAACAAAAUUUACAAAGAUGACAUUUCCAAUAGCUCCUUUGUGAAUUUCCAGAUAUGGGACUUUCCUGGGCAAAUGGAUUUUUUUGACCCAACCUUUGACUAUGAGAUGAUCUUCAGGGGCACAGGGGCAUUAAUAUAUGUCAUUGAUGCACAGGAUGACUACAUGGAGGCUUUAACAAGACUUCAUAUUACUGUUUCUAAAGCCUACAAAGUUAAUCCGGAGAUGAACUUUGAGGUUUUUAUUCAUAAAGUUGAUGGCUUGUCUGAUGAUCAUAAAAUAGAAACUCAGAGGGACAUUCAUCAAAGGGCCAAUGAUGACCUUGCGGAUGCAGGACUAGAAAAACUCCAUCUUAGCUUUUAUUUGACUAGUAUCUAUGACCAUUCAAUAUUUGAAGCCUUUAGUAAGGUGGUGCAGAAACUCAUUCCACAACUGCCGACUUUGGAAAACCUAUUAAAUAUCUUUAUAUCUAAUUCAGGUAUCGAAAAAGCUUUUCUCUUCGAUGUUGUCAGCAAAAUCUACAUUGCAACAGACAGCUCCCCUGUGGAUAUGCAGUCAUAUGAGCUGUGCUGUGACAUGAUUGAUGUUGUAAUUGAUGUGUCUUGUAUAUAUGGGUUAAAGGAAGAUGGCAGUGGAAGUGCAUAUGAUAAAGAAUCUAUGGCAAUUAUCAAACUAAAUAAUACAACUGUCCUUUAUUUAAAGGAAGUGACAAAAUUUUUGGCACUGGUCUGCAUUCUUAGGGAAGAAAGCUUUGAACGUAAAGGUUUAAUAGACUACAACUUCCACUGUUUCCGCAAAGCUAUUCAUGAAGUUUUUGAGGUGGGUGUGACCUCUCACAGAGCCUGCAGCCAUCAAGCCAACCCCUGUGCCAUGAAAGCAGUGACUCACAAUGGCGCGCCAAGAAGUGCCGUCUAGGGGGAACAUGGUCUAAGGAGCCUUUUCUCCAAUCUUGAGUCAGGACCAGCGAUAGCUGGGGCUUGUGGGAAUCUGGUACCAGUUCCAGUGGAUAGAGGGGUUUAUUUUCUGAUUUGGAUGAAAACCCCUUCAACUGGUGUUGCACAACUGAAACUACUGUGUUUCUUAAAAAACAAAAACAAAAAAGCAAAAAGCAGAAAAAAAAGAACACUUGAGGCCACUGAAGUUAACAUUGGAAACUCCAGGUUUUUUUGAGUGUGUGUGUGUUUCCUCUUUUGAGUCCUCCUUUAGUAAUUUGAAUAUAUCAGACUUGGAGACAAAAGCAAGUUAAACUCUUCUUUCUAAGGAGAGUUUCAGUUGAUUGCCAAUUGAGUAUAAUGGAAAAGAUUGAAUUAUCCCAAGCUUCACCUAAGUUGUCAUUUGAUUAGUCUAAAAUACCCUGCCUUGCUUGAGUGCUAACACUGCCUCUCCAAUUCUGAUGGUGGACACCACACACUGAAAACCGAUCCACUAAUGCACUUGUUCUCUAACUCAGAAGACGUACAGUGUGACUGCAUCGAAAGACAUUUCACUAUUCUCUCUCGAAGGAUGCAAGAAAAUCCCAACCCUUGUCGACUGGAAUGCAGGGCUCACCUAUUGCUACCCAUCUCUCCAAAGGAUUGAGGAAAAAGCUUUUGAGACUGUAGAGAAAUUGAGUUUUGGGCACCAAAAUGUCUUUUCUCUCUCCUGAAGAUAACAGAUGACCACAAUUUUCACGAUCAGGAUUUAAUAUAACCAAGGGAAUAUUUUUAACGACUUCAUACUUCACUCUUCUGAGGAAGAAGUCUUCAUCAUGUCAUGGAAACAUUUAGCUCACCCUUUCUUAACCUUAUUCUAGCUACCCUGAUAGGAGCAAAAAAAGAAAAUAUACAUAUAUAUUUUCAUAUAUAUGUAUAUUUUUUUCUUGAGUAAUAGGUAUCUGUAUUUCCAGCUGCUGCUGUUUGCCAGACUGAUCCAGAAGGCACCACAGCUUGUGACAUGCUGGAUUCACUGCGGUUUGUUUGGGAGUGGGAGAGAGAGAGCACGUGGUCCCAAGCCUGUGUUUGGUUUACAUUCUGCGUCUCCAGUAUUCUGACACCAAGUGUCAAAUGUGGUACUUUUCUUUAUCCAGGACAUUAAUUCUUGAUCAUUUUCUUGAUGGUGGUUGAAAUCUUUUCAGUUGAUCGAAAUUUGCAUAUUGUUUUCCUCCAGAUGCCCAAUAGUUGUAUGCUUAAAAGCCACUGGACCACUUGAGUAAAUAAGUGCCACUGUUCAAUUAAAUCUGUAUAUUAAGUUCUGUAAGCCUAACAGUGAGACUUGGAGUGCUUUCUGCAGACGAUUCUGAUUGUUGAGUAUUUACAUGGACCAUGGUGAUAUCCAAAAGAAAAAAUGCUUUUAUAUUUAUAGAUUCUUUCACUGAACUAUAUCAAAUGGGUAUCAAUAAAUGUCUUUACUCCAA